AUGAGCUCUGUUGAAAGCGGAACACGUUUGGGUUUGGGUAAAGUUGAAACACGCGCCAAUAUUGUCCAGGAGCUUAUCACGGAUAUUCCAAUCCCAGAACCAGACGACCCAGACCUUUUUGACCCAACUUGUGACCCGGACCAUCCAGUGGCCAUUUCCUAUCGCGAUGUGGCUGCUGCAAAUUAUCGCAUUCGAGAAGGAAUUGUGCGUACACCAUGUAAGGAACAAGCAGAACGUGGUGUGAUUGCAUCCAGUGCCGGAAAUCAUGCACAAGCCCUGGCCUAUCACGGAAAAGAGCUCAACAUUCCCGUUACAGUCGUGAUGCCAAAAACGGCUCCAAUCAUGAAGGUGGAGAACUGUAUUGGCCAUGGUGCCAACGUGCUACUCAAAGGAAACGAUAUGAGUCAGUCAAAACCCUAUGCAAUGAAGUUGGGCAAACUCAAUGAUUUAUUAUAUGUGAACGGAUAUGAUAACCCUCAAGUUGUAGCCGGACAGGGAACGGUGGCCUUGGAAAUAAUGGAGCAGGUUCCUAAUGUGGAUGCUAUUCUCGUACCUGUUGGUGGAGGUGGACUGUUAGCUGGGGUCGCCGUAGCUGUGAAGGGUAUUAACCCGAGAGUACAAGUGAUUGGUGUUGAAUCUGAUCGUUGUGCUGCGUUCGGUGCUUCAAUGGCUGCGGGAAAGCCAGUUAGUACGAUCUGCUAUCCAACGGUUGCAGACGGUUUGGCUGUACCCAAUAUCGGCUGCAAUUCAUUACACACUUGUCUUGGUUUGGUUGAUAAGAUGAUCAGUGUGGAUGAAGCGUAUAUUCACCGGGCCAUUGUAAGGCUGCUCGAGGUUGAAAAGUGUGUUGUCGAGGGAGGUGGUGCAACCGCUCUAGCCGCACUGAUGGCUGGACUUUUGCCAGAGCUUGAAGGAAAAACCGUGGUUCCCGUCCUCUCAGGUGGAAAUAUUGAUACCACUUUACUGGGGCGUGUCAUUGAGCGGGGUCUGGCGUUUGAGGGACGCAUGUGUCGAUUCCUGGUAAUUGUUUCUGAUCGGCCUGGAGGUAUCGCUGAACUUUGUUCAGUGUUGCGAGAUCUUGGCGUCAGUAUUAAAGACAUAUUUCAUGAACGCGCCUGGCUCAUUUCGAGCGUGUUCAGUGUCCAAGUGAAAUGCGUUUGUGAAACCCGAGAUUCGGACCAUGCAGCAUUGUUGGAACGCACGCUUCGUGAGAAAUAUGAGCACGUCUUAUGGGGGCCGGCAGCUGUUUGA